AUGGGGUUACCAGGAACCAGGCUCGGGGCCUUCCGAGCGUAUUUCUUUGGAUACUUUGUCUGUACAGCUGGUUUCCUGUUCGGAUACGAUACUGGAAUUGUUGGUGGUAUCCUCGAGUUCAAGUCUUACAUCAAUGAUUUUGGGUACAAGGACCAGACAACCGUCAGCGCUGUGAUGGUAAGCUUGCAAAAUGUAGGCGCAUUCCUAUCCGCCCUAGCGAUCUUCUCGGUGUCCGAACGGUACGGGCGAAAGAAAACAGUACAGGCAGCCAUGAUUGUGUUCUGCCUCGGCGUGGUUCUGCAGGUGGUACCAUCACACUCCCUCGCUUGUUUCUAUAUUGGGAGGUUUGUCGCUGGUCUCGGUCUCGGUGCAGGCACUGCGGUCGUGCCAGCAUACAACGCCGAAAUGGCACCCAAGGAAAUUCGAGGCAAGCUCGGAUCAGGGAUGCAGUGGCUCUUUGCCCUAGGUGUAAUGUUGAGCUACUGGAUUGACUAUGCGGUGAAGAUUACACUGCCCGUCUCUUCAAAGCAGUGGCAGAUUCCCGUUGGUCUCCAGAUGGUGCCAGCUGGAGUGCUCGGACUGGGUCUGUGUGCUAUGCCCGAAAGUGUACGGUGGUUGGCCAAAAAAGGCCGUUUUGAUGAAGCAUGGGACAGUCUAAAAUGGAUGAGAGCCAGUGAAGGACCCGAAGUCAAGGCAGAGUUCAACGAAAUCCGAGUCGGACUGGAGGAAGAACUACGAGCAACAGAGGGCUUUAAUAAGCGCGAACUUCUCGAGCCCGCAAACCGCUACAGAUUGCUACUCGCCUUUUUCAUGUUCUGUGGUCAGCAGUGCACUGGUAUGACCGCGCUGGCUUACUUCGGCCCGCAGUUCUUCAAGCUGCUGGUUGGCAACAACACCAACCAGUCCCUUCUCAUCACUGGACUUUUUGGCGCCGAGAAGUUCAUCACUGUUGGCAUCUACAUCUUGUUCUUCUCGGAAAUGUGGGGUCGCAAGCCGACCCUUUGGAUUUCAGCUCUGUUGAUGGCUGGUUGCUUCAUCAUUGUCACAGUCGUCAAGGAAACCACGCCAGCGCCCGACGCAAAAGCCACGCCGGCUGGCAUUGGCAUGGUGGCUAUGAUUUUCUUGACCAACUCCAUCUACCAAUUCAGUUGGGGCCCAUUGCCGUGGCCCUACACCGCCGAGAUCUUCCCAACACGGAUUCGGGCGGUCGGAACCUCGGUCGCAGUAUCGACACAAUGGCUUUUCAACUUCCUUUUCUCCCUGGUGACGCGCUACAUGAUGGAUUCCUGGGGCAGUUACGUUUUCCUUUUCUACGCAGUGCUCGAUAUUAUCAUGGCGAUAAUUGUCUUCUUCUUUGUCAAAGAAACGAAAGGGAAAAGUCUUGAAGAGAUGGAAACUAUAUUCCACAGCAGGGCUGCAUUUGAUGUUGAUGCUGUCCGACGCGAAACGAUCGAUGCGGACAAAGUUAAUGUACAACAUAAGUCGGUAGACUAUACUUGA